CAUCCCGCACCGAAGAUGUGUUCGCUUCUUGUUAUUAAAAAGUCAAAACGAAACAAGGUAUCAUGUUCACAUUAGUAACACAAAUAUAAAAUCGCUCUUCCGUAUGAAUUUAUGUCCUCUCUUUCUACGUUUCCGAUCAGAGCUGAGGAGGGCAUGCUUCCGCUUCCGCCAUAAACACUUUUGGCGCGUUUCUUGGUUUGCUGCGUUUGCUCGCCGUUCCGUUGCUCUCAUAAGGUUGUGAAGCGUCUCGCAGUCUCCACAGUCCACGAUCAGAUUCUUUCAAGCCAGUUCUCCGAAGUUACUCUUGUGCAGCCACAUCUUUUGCUUCUGUCAGAAUGUCGGACACACGUAAGCCAUAUAAUAUGUUUUAAAUUGUAUGCAUUGUCUCUCGACUCGCGGGUGCGUCUCUCAUCGGGGUUUCCACUAUGCCGAAAGUCUCCAAAAGAACGUUUUACCGACAUGUUAACAGGGAUGUGGAGCGCAGCUGCCAGUUGAUAUCUGAUAUCCCAAAUGAUGGCACUGUGUCGGAACCUGCGUACUCCGUUGAAGACGCGCGUGUUAGCCGUAACGAAAGCGAUGCUUCACUGCACGAUCCAGAAACUUCGUCGAACGACUCCCAAACGGUGCUCGGACGGAGUAGUCCGCUGGACGACAUUGCUGUGUCGUCUUCAGAGGCUGUUUUGAAUUCUAGUCCUCGCAUGUUGGUCAACCGUACUUCCAAUUCAGAAAUGAUGCCAAUGCUGUCGCAAUUGAGGACGUGGGCUCUUUCGGGAGUCCAACAGAAAUACGUGACGGCAUUACUGAAGAUAAUGAAAUCACAUGCCUGUCACGCGGAUCUUCCAGGAAGUGCCCGAUCGCUACUGAACACCCCCCGACGAAACAAUAUAGUAAGCAUGGGCGAAGGGAAGUACUGUCAUUUCGGGUUGAGGUCUGGACUAGAGUACAUUCUUGCCACAGCAGAGAAUGUUCCAGAUGUCAUUCUUUUACAUGUGAAUGUGGAUGGCCUCCCGCUUACAAAAAGCACGAAGGACCAGUUUUGGCCCAUUCUGUGCAAAGUGAUGAACAGCGACAAGGGGAUGGCACCCUUUCCAGCUGGGGUUUACUAUGGGCAGUCAAAAGCGUUGUGCGUGAAUACGUUCCUCAGCCCGUUUGUUAGUGAGUACAAUGAACUGUAUAGCAACGGCAUGGAGAUACAAGGCAAGAAAGUCACAGUACUGAUAUCUGCAAUUAUCUGUGAUGCACCUGCCAAGGCGUACAUACUCGCAGUCAAAGGCCACUCUGGCUAUUAUAGCUGCUCAAAGUGCACCGUUGAAGGCGAGUAUGUUGGCGACAGGGUUUGCUUCCCGAAGAUUGAUGCCCCAUUACGGUCUGACGAAAGCUUCCGUAGCCGUGAGCAGGAGGAGCACCAUAUAGGUUCUUCUAUAUUAGAGGAGCUCCCAAUUGAUUUGGUACAGCAGGUGCCAUUAGAUUAUAUGCACCUUGUUUGUCUUGGGGUUAAAAAAAAACUGCUUUCCCUGUGGUUUAAAGGAACCAGAGGGCAUCGUCUAAGCCCUUCUCUACGAGAAACUGUUUCGGUGAAACAUGUAUCACUGGCUUCUUUUGUCCCUGCUGACUUCUCACGAAAACCUAGAUCAAUGUCUGAACUCGAUAGGUGGAAAGCCACCGAGUUUCGUAUGUUCCUCCUCUAUACAGGACCACUUUCACUAGCAUCCUCUCUUCCCAGGGCUCAAUACAAGCACUUCUUGGAGCUCCAUGUUGCAGUUUCUAUAUUAGUGAGUCCUACUCUUUCUCGAGAUCACGCAGAUUACGCAGAGAAACUCCUGCGCCACUUUGUUAGGAAGCAUGCAGACAUUUAUGGACAGGAAUCUGUGUCACACAAUGUUCAUGGGCUGGCUCACUUGGUGGCCGAUGUCCGAAAGCACGGUCCCCUAGAUUGCUGGAGUGUAUUUGCCUUUGAGAACUUCAUGCAGAUAUUAAAAAGGUACUUGCGCAAACCUGAAAGGCCUCUCGAACAGCUGCACAAUAGGAUCUUUGAACAGAGGUGCACCCCUCCUGAAAGGCUUCCUCGUGAGAGUGAUGUGUGCUUGUCAUUUGAAGCCCCGGGCGCCUCAGUUCCACCGGGAUGUGUUCCACCUCUUUAUAGGCGUGUAACUGCACCAGGACGUUUCCAAUUGCGAAGUAACACAAGUGACAGCACGUGUCUUCUGCAUGAUGGAAGCUUUGUAAGGAUCAGCGGUGUAGCCCGUAGUUCUUCAACACAGCAGCCAUGGAUCAUAGGGGGGAAGUUUAUGUCAGCCGAUGAUUUGUACGUGUAUCCAUGCGCUUCUUCUGUUUUGGGCAUCCAUGUCGUAUCACGCCUUUCACAUGUUCGUAUCUGGCCCUUGACUUCAGUUACAAUGAAGUGCAUGCUUUUGCCGUUCAGGACUAACUGUUACGUAGCAUUUCCGCUGCCACACACUGGCGAAGAAUAGUGCCGUCAUGAAGAGGGUUACCCACUUUGACAUUUCUGGAUCUACUUUCCUUUUUUUAUUUUUUGUCCUAGAACAUCUGGACAUAGAUUGGGUUUGGUUAUUGCUCUUUGAAUAUACGCAUGCAGAAGCCUCCCUUCAUCAUUCCGUGACCCCGUUAUAUGGUAGUCUGCACUCCCUUUUGUUGAUUCUCUUUGCUGUGUCAGAAAAUCUUCCUCAAGUAACUUUCUUUGUCAGCUCAUGGUCUUUCAUUUGCACAGCCAUUUACCUCUAGUAUCCUUCUUCACAAAUUAUUGGCGACAUGUACAAAGCUUUGUCCUUGGAUGGGUUGCAUUUUACCACCAAGUUUCUUAGGAUGUUGAUGUGGCAUAUUUUUAUUGCUCGCUCUCACUGAAAUGCAAAUUGCUCUAAUAGCUCCCAGAAGGUUCACAAUAGUGAAGUUUCCAAAUGAAGAAAAUCAGGUUGCAGUUGUGCCUUCGUCUUGGGUUGUCGACACCUCAUGUUUCUGGCCUCCAGAAAAGGAGCAGCGGAAAGUUGGCUUGUAUGUUCGCAAAGAGAAGGCUCCUGGUACACACUGGCAGUUCCUGGACUGUGAGCAAAUGGAAACCUAUGGAACCUAUGAAGAAGCAAGACAAAUGCUUCCCCCGGCAGCGAGCACUUUGGACCUUAAUGGUGACAGGGAAUAUGGAAGGGGAAAGAGGCCCCGAAUAAGGAAGGCUCUCUCAGAUUAUGAUGACGACGAUGAUACCUCUCUACCUGCUACCCCUCCCCAUCGAGCAAAACCGAGGUACACUACGAAGUCCAACGUCAACACAGAGCAGGCACACGAAAAACAGCGUCUGUUAGUGAACCUGUCGGAGGACGAAUGUUCAUUGCCCGCUACACCUCCCCGUCGGCGCAUGCAAAAAGCUUGUGCAGGUGACGAUUGCAAUAGCCAAGAGUCGUCGUACUUCAGGCCACCUGUGAGUCGUCUAUCUUCCUCAUACCCAAGCACCUCCAAACAUCUGCAAGGGCACCACAAGCACACAAGACCGCAGGUGAAAGUCACAGGAAGUAGCACGCAAGCACAUAGACAGCAACGCGAAGCUUCGCAUCGAAAGGAUUCUCCAACACAGCUGGACAACUUGUGUGGCCACGAGCAGUUGGAGCGCAACAAUGUGUCUGCCCGGUUCAGCUAUAAUGGCAAUGCAGACCAACCUACUGCGAGUUUGGAGGUCUCCGAUAUGCGAGCAGGACUUCAAGACUUCGAUGAUAGUGAUACUCCAUUAUUCAUCAAGCAUUCAGAACAUAGAGCUCCUCAGACCCCUGUCCGUGCACCUCCACAGCCACCACAAUAUAAUUCAGAGUUCGAAAAAAAGGUUCUGCGCACCAUGCACAUAGUCACUCUUCGCCUUCUAGAGCAUUCAGAUCAGCUCGACACAAUUCUUUCAUGCCUUCAGCAACCGAAAGAUAUGCAUGAUGAAGACAUCAUCGUCCCUGGACCAUUCACUGAUGCCGAGAGUUUUCUUAAAUUUGAUAAGGACGUUGAGGAGUCUAAUGCAAAGAAACAACAGUUGCGGACCUACAUGAUGAGGCUCGGGGGCACGAGCAAUGCAGACAGGGCAAGGCGUAUCCUGUAUGCGCUCCUGGCAGACAACGUUGGGCAGCAGUUUAACUGGACAGGAGCAGGCAGGAAAAGAAAAUUCAGUUCCCUCGAAUGCUGUAACAUCAUGUGUACUGCUAUCAACAAAGCCACGGACUCUGGUACAGUCGCCGAAACGGAAAAAGCCAUACAGUCCUGGUUACGCCAUGCACGGGAGAGAGCUGAAAAAAAAGUUGCUAAAACGGGUACUGCACCAUAAUUCAAGUUGCUGUAUACCACUAGACCACAGUUGACAUUGUACUCCGUAGCACUUGAGGUUCGUGGCACACCAAAGUAAAGUAUGGCAGCACAAUGAAGAUGGCAGCGCUGCAUAUGGCAGUUGAGGUGCUGUUCACCACUUGCUGUAAUAUGUUGUUUGCCACAACUCAUCAGCUCUUCGCAACACUGCCAUUUUGAAAUAGUUUUGCACAUUUUGCAUUGUAACUUUGCACUGCAGGAUUUGGCUAGUUUGAAAUUUCCGAUAAUAAGAAAGGCUUUAUCUAAGGGGCGUUUACACUGGUGCACCUGCGUUGAGUAAUGGUGAAGACUAAAUGCUGAUACAUCUGUUCUUUUACAUACCACCAUCCUAUAGUUUUUGUAUGCCAUGAAACUAUGUUUUGUUAUAGCUUUACUGUAUUUUAAGAUUCUGUAUGAUUUAAAGCUGGUCAUUCUAUGUAUCAAACUGUACUUCAAAGUUUUCUAUGUUAUAUUACCAGUCACUACUCUAAGGUGUGUUUGUAUGUUUUUAAGAUAGAUGCUGCAUACACUACCAUAUUGAGAAUUUUCUGCAGGAUAAUACUAGUCACUGUAUUCUGUGUAUUUAAAGAUUUUUGUACUGUAAACUUUGUGCGUCAUCAAGGUACAUUACGUGCUAUGCUGUACUUGAAAGUUUCGUACUGUGUAAUGUUAGUCACGGUGUACUCUAGUGUAUCAGAAAAAUUUUGUGUUGCAAACUUUCCAUCUCAUAAAUGUAGACAUCACAUAGUGUCCAUGAAGGUUUACUGCAGCAUGAUGCUAGUCAGUGUGUUCUCUGGUGUAUUUGAAGAAUUUUGUACGUAAACAUUCUACAUUUUAAGGUUGUACCGUAUAUUUUGUUGUACCUGAAAGUUUUCUGCAGCAUAAUGUGAUUCAUUGUAUACUCUGUCUUUGAACAUUUUUUAUGCUGUAAAACUAAUGCUCUAUAGCGUAUUUCAAUAUGUUCUACACUAGUAAUUCUU